AUCAUUGGUGCCUAAUACGAGCUUGGCGUGAGACGAAUUGGCCUGAGUCAUCCAUCUCGCGAGAUUUAGCUAGCCUAAGACCUUCUUCCUUACAUAUAAACAAGUUGCCGGAUUAUCAUCAUCGUCUUAAGGCGUGUGUUGUACUAAGCGCCUGUUUGCUACCGAGAUGCCUUCCGCGAGUGAGAUUACAGAGUUGUGCACAAAGCCGCCCCUUCUUGAGACCGUGGCAACUCGGCCGCAGAAGCUGAUUGAAAUCGUGGAGUCGGACCCAACAUGGCCGGAGUCAUUUGCGAUCAUUGCACGCCGGAUUGUUGAUGCCCUUGGGAACAACCUUCUCUCUAUUGAACACGUCGGGUCAACCAGCAUACCAGGCUUACCAGCCAAGGCGGUAAUCGAUAUAGACGUCGUUGUUGCAGAUUCUAGAGCAGAAGACUCCUACGUACCGGCCCUUGAGGCGGCGGGCUUUCAGUUUCUGUUUCGCGAGCCUGGCUGGUAUGAGCAUCGUUUUUUCGGAUGCAAUGACCCGUACGCAAACAUUCAUGUCUGGAGCCCAGAUUGCCCGGAGUUCACGCGACAUCUGCUGUUUCGGGACUGGUUGUGCAAGCAUGAGGAUGAUCGCCAACGGUAUGCGGAUAUCAAACGGCGAGCAGCUGCGGCCAGUCGAGCUGCCGGGGAGACCGUGAUGCAGUAUAAUGCGCGCAAGGAAUCCGUGAUCUUUGACAUCCUUCAGCAAGCCUUCAAGGAGCAAGGAUACCUAAACGAGUAAAACACGGAGUAGUAAAGAGGGGUUAGAGGAAGCGUAAUUGCUAUUGCAUACGUGUGUAUAUAAUGUACACAUGUCUGUAUGUAUAUUGGAGAUCUAUAUAUUAUUUGUCAUGUCACGAGUAUGUUCAUGCUCGGUAGUCUGUAUGUCGGAGCGAAAUGAAUGUCCGAUUUUGUGCAUGGAAUCAAAAAGGAUUUUGACCCAUGUAGGCUGGAGCCCUCAAGUCUGCAAAACCAAAAAGUUGAGAACAAAAAGAGGUCAUCUUGGGAUCAGGUGUUCCGGGU